ACCAAUCAGAUUAGAGUUUCUUUGAGAUUGACCAAUAGAAUAACAGUAAUUUGUAUUCUGUUCCCGGUAUUUUCACCUUCGCAUAUCACACUUGGCGGAAAUAUCAACACAUCAACAACCUACAACAUAGAGCACGUUUUACCGUUUCUGAUCUCGCUUGAAAGAAAAAAGGGUAACUUCAAACAAAGGGCAACAAUGGAAGCAGUAAUAUUCGCUGUCCUGCUGUGCAUCAGCAGUGCUCUCGCAAUGCCUCCUAUGGAACCUCUACAAGACCCAAACUGGAAGGCAUGGAAGUCAUUCCAUGGAAAAGAGUAUCCAAACAAGAAUGAAGAAACAAUGAGAAACUUUAUCUGGCAAAACAACUUGAAGAAAAUAGUGACACACAAUGAGGGAAAACACAGCUUUAAACUGGCCAUGAACCACUUGGGGGAUAUGACCUCAUUGGAAAUCUCCCAGACUCUGCUUGGCCUGAAACUUAAGAAGCAUGCUGAAUCCCAACCAAAAGGAGCGACUUUCCUACCCCCAGCCAAUGUUAAAGUAGUUGACUCAAUUGACUGGCGCUCCAAAGGGUAUGUGACGCCUGUGAAGAAUCAAGGCCAGUGCGGUUCCUGCUGGGCAUUUAGUACGACUGGGGCCUUGGAGGGCCAGCACUUCAGAAAGACUGGAAAACUUGUGUCCCUCAGUGAGCAGAACCUUGUAGACUGUUCAGGAAAGUAUGGCAACAAUGGCUGUGAGGGAGGACUGAUGGAUAAUGCAUUCCAGUAUAUUAAGGAGAAUGGAGGAAUUGACACAGAGAAGAGUUAUCCAUAUUUAGCCAAGGAUGGUGUUUGUCACUACAACAAGUCUGCCAUUGGAGCUAAAGAUACUGGCUUUGUAGACAUUCCCACUGGGGACGAGAAUGCACUUCAGCAAGCCCUAGCGUCUGUUGGCCCAAUCUCGAUAGCAAUAGAUGCCAGUCAAAGCACUUUCCACUUCUACCACCAAGGGGUUUAUGACGACCCCGACUGUAGCAGCACCAGGCUGGAUCAUGGCGUACUUGCUGUUGGUUAUGGAACUGACGAUGGCAAAGACUACUGGCUGGUUAAGAACAGUUGGGGACCUUCAUGGGGAGAAGAAGGGUACAUCAAGAUUGCCAGAAAUGAUCACGACAAGUGUGGAGUGGCCAGCAAAGCUAGUUAUCCACUGGUGUAAACUCAGUACCCCACUGGAACUCUGUGCUCCAUAAAGUUGUCUUCCUGGCACUCAUUCCAUGUAUUAUUGAAAUAGCUUAGCCACCUGACAAGUAGCAAUUGAUACAAAAUCAGUAAAGAAGGGAAAAUUUCUUUCAAGCUGAAUAAUGUCAUUAUUUUCAUUGUUGCUGUUCCUCUUUUAGUUUUUUGUUAACUGUUACUAUUGCAUGAUGCUUUAGGAUUUUGAUUAUUACAUUAAAGUUCUAUGAAUAGAAGACUAAAGACAAGCUGUAAAAAGUGGGCUACUUCCUAACAUGCAUGUUGUUUGGAUAACUAAUGUGAAGUGGAUGUAUUUAGACUGUCUUUUGUAAUUACUGCAAUUUUGAGGAAUCAGCUAACUCACCUUCAUAAGAGACAAAAUGCAUUUUAGUUUCCAUCAGUCACUUAAAUUGCUUCCUGCCAAGGCAUUUUACUUCAAUGUGUUGACCACAGAAGUGAAAAAAAUAACAGUGGCCUGGUGUAUUUUUUGUAUUAUUUUUAGUCUUAAUAUUAUUUAAUAUUUAUAAGUUCUUUUUUAGUACAAAUGCCAGAGUUACUAACAGUAUAAUAUGGUAGUUAUGAAAAUAAAAGUCCUUGUUAGGCUAUAAAAUGUGUAGACAAGUUGAACUCCUCUGUGAAAACAAGUAGUUGUGCUGAUGGUUAGAGCGUUAGCCCUAACUUUGGAGAAAACUGGUCAAAUUUUAUAUAAAUAAAGUAUAACAAUUUGAGCUAA